AUGUCUUCUCUCUCCGCUACGAGCGCUUCAUCUGCAAUCAGUGCACCCUCAGGCGGACCUACCCCAUCAGCUGUAACUCCACCUCCGACUCAUAGCAAUGGACUUGCAGGUGGUGCCGUGGCUGGUGUUGCCAUUGGGACGUUUCUAGCGGGCCUGCUCAUUGCAGGAGCUGUCUUUUUCUUCCUGCUGCGCCGUCAGAAAAAGCGACAUGCUGUAGCCGCCGCUGCCUACUCGCGACAAGAAGCGCCAUACAAGGAGCGUGAUGUGGGACCUGAGAAGAGAGCUGCAGUGGUUACUGGGGCUGGGAGCAACAUCGACGCCUUGCUUCCACAGCCUGUGGAAGACGACGCGAUUACUGGUGAUCUCUCCAAGAUCCGUGAUAACAUCAAGAAUCACGUCCGAACUUACUAUCGCUCUGGGCCCAUCUCAGCUACCGACGUCAACGAAGCGGGCAUUCGAGACAUUGCGACAUUGAUGAGAAUCAACUCGGCAGUUUUGGUCGGCGCACUUUCAACCCCGUCUUCCAGAGACAAUGCUCUGCGAUCCAUCGUUGCGUCAGUCAUCCUUGCGAGAUGCACCGGUAGAGGAAAAUCCAGCCUACUACCCAGCGAGCUAGCUGGUCUUUCCAGCUCCAUCCCCACAACUGACGACAAAAACCCAGCGCAAACACUCCUUUUCAGCAAAUGGAAAACCAUCACAGGGGCUCUUCUGCAGCAACAAUACGGAAAGCAUGGCCAGGACCCUAGCCGCGCCCAGAGCUUCCAGGACACAAUCACAUCGCUGGACUCGGUUCUGGCGCCUUUUGUAGAAGGCAGCGUGGACGGUGGUCAGCGCCGAAAGAAUCUGGACAUGAUCUUGACGCGCGCCGCUAAUUUUGCUUUCUUGCUAUUCACCCAGCCUGGCUCCUUUCGCUUCGAUUUCGCUGGUGAUCAAGGUGGACUGGCCAUCUUUCCAGCUCUAGUGCAGACUGUUGGAGAUCAAGGCCAGCCCCUCAGUCCUGUGAAGGUUUUGGCCGAGAAGGAAAUCGUAGGAGUGUGA